CAAAGCGACAACACAACGAUGCCCGCCCGUCCAGAACGAUCGAACAAAGUUUUGAUAUUUACAGCUGUUGACCUGACCAUUUUUACUAUUACAUAAAUAAUAAAUGUACAAAUUGAAUUUUUAAAGUGUAUCUUUUUCCACAAAUUAUUGCAUGAAAACUGCAGGUAACUAAAUUGGCAAUAUAGCGACUGCGCUGUGCCACCCACUACGGCUCUAAACGAGCACCAAAAAAGAAGAAGAAGAAGAAGGUAACUGAACGACAUCGAAGAACCGAUCCACGUCCGACUGCAAUGGCCCCACCACAAACCCAUAACCGAUCCGAACAUUCUUCCGAUACGGAAGAAAACACAUCUACUGAAUUCGAAGACUUUUCCUGCGAUUCGGAAGAUAUUUUAGGAAUUGAUGAUGAAGAACUUCUAUCUGAUUCGAUGGAGUGUUCAGAUGAAUCGUCCAGUUUGGGUGACACCUAUUUAAAGAAAUCCAAGAAUAUGUCCGAAUCAAGAAUGGUACAAAUAGCCAUUUCAACGAAUGUAAAAUCCUUAAAACCAAUUGACGAAGAUGCCGAUGAUUCGAUGCGAUCCAACAGCUUUGAGGACACGGUUUCGACUGACAUGAGCAUUGAUCCGGAUUGGAUUUCAACCGACGAAGAAGAAGCGAUUGAAGAUUAUUUGGUUUACAAAGAGGCAUGCCGACAGCAGAAACAGGCUCGCAUCGCUCAUCAACGCGAAGUGGAAGAGUACGAAGACCGGGAUGAGGUAAAUUUCCGAUACUUGACCUCGGAGAUUGCUGCCGCGAAGGGUAAGCCAAGCACGAUGGUUAGCUACGCCGGCGCAGCGGCUCUUAUAAAUAUGAGGCGGGUUAUAAUCCCGGCGAGCGAGAUGCUGCGGAAUUAUUUCCGCAGUACGGAGUCAAAUAGGGCUAUUAAAGGGGAUAAGGAAAAUGCUUACGUAUGCAAAAAUUUGGUUGAUAGUGUUGUGGGAAAAUCUAAUCGGAUUGCACUCUCCGAUAAAAAUUGAUUAUUCAUAAAGACCGACAUCUGCUACACAGUUAGCAAAACAAUUAUUUUAGUCACGUGAUGUAACAAAAAUGCUUUUGUUCACCUAAUCCUCAUACGAAGUUUGACAAAUAAAUUUAAGAUUAAUGAA